AUGGCUGACUUGCGGCUUCACAUGAGCGUGUGGAAGAGUUGCAGACCGGGGAAGGUUCCGUGGACGGAGCAAGACGUUUUUGAUCACGCUGCAGCUGUCAAAUUGUCCCUACCGGUUACGGUCAAAGAGUUGAUUCAAUCACCUGAGUGGAAAGGUGGGCCCCUGAUUCAACUUGAGAAUGACGUUUCCCGGCCCACGGCCGAUGAUUGCAUUCUCAACUAUAUCUGGUUGCGGCCAUUUGUUUCCAAGUUUCCUGAAACCGUAUGUUCGGGUUACUAUGCAGCUGAUGUCUUCAGAGCUUUGGACGUUUACUUGGAAAACAAGCUUCUCCAAAGUUCAGACCCCAUGGACACAAAGAAAAGUAUGGCUUUGGACGAGGGAGGCAAAAUGAAACGGCUGAUGGGGGGCUUGCGAUACCUUUGGCGCAGCAAGAGCGGCAACCAUCCUCGCAUCACCGAGAUGAAAAGCCUUUUGAAACUGUCUCCCAGGGCUGAGGCACGUCGACGAGAAGCUGCAGAUGAACGUGAAAGUGAUGAUAACAUGGGUGAGCCACCCCAGGCUGUUGACGCAGUUGUGGAGGAAAUGCCUGCUUUGACGGAUGACCAGUCCGAGGGAGCGACAGGGGGUGAUGAGGCAGAAGACAUGGAGGAAGAUGGGGAUGGUGCUGGAGAAGGGUCAGGGGUUGAUGAGGGAGCGGAGGAAGAAGAGGGAGCUGAAUCUGGGGAAGAUCAAACUGAUGAUGACGUGGUGGGACAUGAUGACAGUGGACACGCUGAUAACAUGGGUUUGGUUGACCCCCAGUUCAAUGACCCAUCGAAGAACGAGUUGUUUGAAGUGCCUUCUUCCGGGAAGAAAGUCAUUGAGGAUCGAAACAAGGUUACUGAGUUGUGCAUGGACCUGAUGAAGUACUGGAAGACCCAUGCCCGUGCACCUGAGGGUGUGCACAUGUGCACCAAGAAUCCCAACAAGCGACCAGCUUCCGAGCAGGCCCCCAGCGUUGUCCUUUGUCCACUCUUUCGGGUGUUGAUCUCCUUCUCAAUCUAG